CCAAUCGAGUAACGGACGCUAAGCUUUUAUGUAAAAAUAAGCGCCCAUGAAAAAGCUUUUCACCAACUCGAAAGGCUGAACUUGCACACUACGACUUUCGGAUGCACAGUCUCCAAAAUGCGCGCUCCAUCGCUAUCGGUGCACUCGCUUGCAGAAAACGAGCAUUUGGCGUUUUUGCGGAUGCUGUAAACAUCAACUCGGACACAGGCUCAACGCGAAGCCAGAGCAAGGACCAGAGUCAAAGCUUGGAGUCGGGAAAGGAUGAGAGACGGAGCAAGGAGACAGCGCAGGGACAACAGGGUAGACAGGGACAGAGAGAAACUCUCUCGCACGUUCUGGGUCGCCGGCGUGAAUCCUCGCGCAGCCAUGCAAACAGCUCACAUGCCGCAGAAAAACACGCUGAUGCUAAAACCACCAGCUCUUCCGUCAAAACCGAGCCCUUCAUACGGGAAAUCACGAAAAAAAUCGAUAGUGCUGUGGAGAGGACCAUCAAUCCAAGCACUCGAACCCCUCACCAUGUCGCUUCAGAUGCAGGUGCUUCGAGGAGAAGAAAAAAGGAAAGGCAACUAAGAAACAGGAAGGAACAGGGAAAAGCGGACGUUGGCGAUGCUGGUGCACGACCUGCUGUAGAAUCAGCGCGUGCCUCCCUUGCAGGAUUCGACAUGAAGCGUACUGAGUUACUGGAGCUACUGUUAGGCCCUCCUGGGGAAAUCAGUCGUGUGGCGAAGGAAGGUUGGACUACAGGGUGGGGCGAGGACGGUGCGUUGUCCAUGAAAACACUGUGAUUUUGCUUUUAAUUCAGUCCUGGUCUAUUGUGCGCAGCGCUUCAACCAGGGGAGAAUAAGAAUCAUGGAUUGCAGGCGUCGUUCAGUGGCGAUAGACAAGAAAGUGGGAAUGGGUCCAUGGAACGUGGGCAACCGCCGCAUUUACAUGUUCGCCAUCCCCUACCUUACACCCGCCGGGUAGAGGGACUCUUCGACGACGUGGAUGACCUGAGUGCUCUUUCAUCAGGCCAACCGAGCUCCAUCAACAACAUACUGGAAG